AGCCAAGCCUCCCCCAUCCCACACCAUCACUCACAACCCUCAACCUCCCCACAACACCAGCACCCAACUACAACCCCCCCAUCCACCAUGUCGCAACCCCAAACCCAAACCGCCCUCCUAGCCACCGCCAUCGGCCAGCCCCUCACCAAAGCCACGCGCUCCAUCCCCACCCCGGGCGCCCACCAAGUCCAGAUCAAAGUCACCGUGGCGGGGCUCAACCCCCACGACGCGAAAUCCCGGGACUACGGGCUCUUCAUCCAAGACGCGCUGCCCGCCGUGCUGGCCGCGGACGUCGUCGGGGUCGUGACGCAGCUCGGCCCCGAAGUCACCCGCUUCCAACCGGGCGACCACGUCGUCGGCCAAGCCGCGCUGAUCCUCCCGCACGGCCACCCCUCCACCCUCCGCCUCUCCGAGACCAACAACGACACCCAGGGACUCCAGGAGUACGCCGUGCUGGACGAGCGGUACGCGGCCCAAGUCCCGUCGGGCUUCACGGACGCGCAGCUCGCCACCCUCCCCACUAAUCUGGUCACCGCCGCGGUCGCGCUGUUCGACGCCUCGGGGCUGGGGAUCCCGUCGCCGUGGUGGGGCGAGGACUCUGCGGCGGCGGCGUGGAGCUUUGAUUAUGCGGGAACGUCGGUGUUGAUUCUGGGCGGCGGGUCGAAUACGGGGAGAUUUGCGAUCCAGCUGGCGGCGCUGGCGCGGAUCGGGCGGAUUGUGGUGGUCGCGGGGACGAAGAGUGCCGAGGAGGCGAAGGAUCUGGGGGCUACGCAUGUGAUCGAUCGCACGGGCAAGUCCGGGCUGGAGAUUGCGGCAGAGGUGCGGGCGAUUGUCGGCGAUGAGCUGCUCUAUGCCCUGGAUACGAUCAAUCCGCCUGAGAGUCAGUGGAUCGGCGUGGAGGCGCUGUCGAAUUCUCAGACGGGGAAGCUGGCGAGGCUGAUUCCGCGGGGGGGGGUGGAUGAGUCGAAGCUGUCGGCCCCGAAGGGGGCGGGCUUUGAGACGGUUAAUGUGAUGGGCGUGUCGACCGCGAGACCGGCGACUGCGGGGCCCUUGUGGAAUCGCGUGCCCGGCUGGGUGGCGCAGGGGAAGAUCAAGCCGACUGGGUUUCAGGUGCUUCGGGGGUUGGAUGUGGAUGCGGUGAACAAGGUGCUCGAUGGGUAUUCGAGUGGCGCGGAGACGGGGCAUUGGCAGGUGCAUCUGUAG